UAUAAAUACCCAAAGGUUCUGCGUAUUCCUCAUUAGAGUUUCGGUUUUACUGCUGUGAACAAGCAACUCAACGGACAAAAUGAAACUCUUCCUGGUCGCCUUCGCCGUGAUCGCAGCCGUGGCUGCCGAUGUCAGCCACCUGCCCUCCAACGAGUACCUGCCUCCCGUCCAGGAGCAGCAGAUCAUCGCUGGCCCCAGCAACGAGUACCUGCCCCCUGUCGCCCAGGAGGUGGAGGCUGCCCCAGCCCAUGAGCUCGCCGACGAUGGCUACCGCUACAAGACCCACCGCCGUGUGGUGCUCCGUCGCCACCGUCGUGAUGUCAACGAACUGUCCAACGAGUACCUGCCCCCAGUUGUUCCUUCCAACGAGUUCUUGGCUCCCGUUGAGGCUGCCCCCGAGACCGUCCUGGCCGAUGAUGGCUACCGUUACAAGACCAACAAGCGCGUGGUUCUCCGCCGUCACCGUCGUGAUGUGAACGAGCUGUCCAACGAGUACCUGCCCCCUGUCCAGGCUGCCGCUCCCUCCAACGAGUACCUGCCCCCAGUGGAGGUUCAGGCUGCUCCCGAGACCGUUCUUGCUGAUGAUGGCUACCGUUACAAGACCCACAAGCGCGUGGUGCUCCGCCGUCACCGUCGUGAUGUGAACGAGCUGUCCAACGAGUACCUGCCCCCAGUUGCUCCUUCCAACGAGUACUUGGCUCCCGUUGAGGCUGCCCCCGAGACCAUCCUGGCCGAUGAUGGCUACCGGUACAAGACCAACAAGCGCGUUGUGCUCCGCCGUCACCGUCGUGAUGUGAGCCACCUGCCCUCCAACGAGUACCUGCCCCCUGUCCAGGCUGCCGCUCCCACCAACGAGUACCUGCCCCCAGUGUCUGCCCCCGUCCAGGUUGCUGCCCCAGCUCCUGCUCCCGUCCAGAUCGCCGCCCCCGUCCAGUUGGCUGCCCCCGCUCCCGUCGAGAUUGAGGCCGAGCCCGCCCAUGAGCUGGCCGAUGAUGGCUACCGCUACAAGACCCACCGUCGCGUCGUCUACCGUCGCCACCGUCGUGAUGUGAACGAACUGUCCAACGAGUACCUGCCCCCAGUUGCUCCUUCCAACGAGUACUUGGCUCCCGUUGAGGCUGCCCCCGAGACCGUCCUGGCCGAUGAUGGCUACCGUUACAAGACCAACAAGCGCGUGGUUGUCCGUCGCCACCGUCGUGAUGUUAACGAGCUGAGCAACGAGUACUUGCCCCCCGUCCAGGAGGCCGUUGCUCCCUCCAACGAGUACCUGGCUCCCGUUGAGGCUGCCCCCGAGACCGUCCUGGCUGAUGAUGGCUACCGCUACAAGACCCACAAGCGCGUUGUGCUCCGCCGUCACCGUCGUGAUGUGAACGAGCUGUCCAACGAGUACCUGCCCCCGGUGGCUCCUUCCAACGAGUACUUGGCCCCCGUGGAGAACACCGUCGAGGUUGCCCCCGCCCAUGUCCUGGCUGACGAUGGCUACCGCUACAAGACCCACAAGCGCGUUGUGAUCCGCCGCCACUAAAAAGAUGCGAUAACGGCUUCACUAGGUGAUCGAGUUGCCCUCAUUUUGGAGUGCAGACCCUACUAUUAGAAUACCUCCUUUUCAUUCAAACAAAUACAAUAAUACGA